AUGUUGUCUGAUCAUCCAGAGCCUGACUGGGAUCUAGUUCCUGAUGUCAAGUUGUUUGAGACUCAAUCGUCCCACAUGUCUCGCAACCUGCCUAACCGUAUUAAAGUGCUUGAAUACAUCACACCCUUGACAAUGCCACCCAGCAGCUAUAUUCUGUGCACGAAUUCGCUCGGUCCUGAACGUAGCCUGAUUCAAGGGUCUGUUACACACCUCAUGCCUUACGAUGACGGAAGCGACAGCUCUCCUUCAUCGAUCGGAAAUGUGGAUUCGAGUUCUUCGGCUUCCAUUGAAGACUAUGAUUGGGCUUGUGAUAUUACAACGGCCGCAACUCCUUCAGCAGAGAAGUUGCCUGCUGAGGUAGAAAGGUUUCUGUAUCGGCUAAAGAGUGGGGCUGCUCUGGAGGUUUCAAUGCCGAUGUCUCUUUACAGUGCCCACUGUACAGAAAUCCAGAAUUUCAUUGGUUCACCAGUUGUCUGUCGCCCCGGUUCCGAUGGAAUUGGAUAUAUACACCACUGCGAUGACUUCAAAAAUCGAAGUAUUCUCCGAUCCCCUACUCCCAACAAUACUCUCUCCACAUCAAAGAGCUGGCCAGAGGGCAAAAUGCUCUACAGUAUGCAUGAACGAAUCAAAGUGAUUUUCUCAGAGGCUGCUCGACAAAUGAUCAACAAUGUUGUGCCUGGGUUCAAUGCAACAACAAAGUAUUCUAGGGAUGGACGAUCGUAUCAGCUGGACGACAAUCUUCACCUACUAAGGUCUCAUCAGCCACGAGGCAACACUCAUCCAAGGGAUCCUAAGUACUGGAUACCAGACGUUGCUGUUUCUGUCGAUGGGGACGCUUUCUUCCUUAUUGAGGUUGCGCAUACCCAGAGUACACAAGAUGUGGUCGCUCGGGUUCAGAACUGGUUUCUAAAUAACGCUGUUCACAUUACAAUGGGGGUGGACAUUAUAGAGGGACCCUUCAGAAUCGGGACGAUGGCGAAAGACUGCAACGACAAUAUGCUUUCAGCAGAAGAAUUCCACGCACAAAAACAUUUAAAUGAGAAGCUUGGUGGAUGGUACUGGACAGUGCAUGGGGCAGAGCGGGUCUUUGUAGGGCAGGUGACGAUCGAGGUGUUCUUGGCCUGGCGCAUGAGAGUUGACGGUGUUUGGCACAUCAUGACCAGAGGACCGAUCACCAUGAACGGAGAUCUAUCAGAUCUAAACAGAUGCUUGGAAGAACGAUUCAGGCAGCUACGCCAAGACCUUAAUCUACCUGCAGCGUUAAACCUGUCUAUUGAUCGGGCAGAAUUUGAAAGUGGUAUCGUAAACGCAGUCAACGCUACUGCUUUGCAGCGGUACAAGGGUUGGUACAUGGAUUGCAGACCUCCGGUGGCAGAACCAUGUCACUUGAUGCCAGUAUUGCCAGUGACUCCUUAG